AUGGCAACCACAAUCCCAAUCAAAGUCAAACACAAUGGCAAACUUCACGAUAUCACCCUAGACACCUCCCUUCCCGCCACUGCAUUCAAGCAGGCCAUCUACGAAAAGACUGGCGUCCCCGCUGAUCGAAUGAAGGUGAUGGUCAAAGGUGGAAUGCUCAAAGACGAUCAUGACCUCACCAAGGUUGGUGCUAAACCUGGACAGACCUUCAUGGUGAUCGGUACAGCUGGUGAACUGCCUAAAGCUCCCGAGGGGCCUAUCACGUUCAUCGAGGACAUGACGGAUUCGGAAUUGGCCCUUGCGACUAAGAGCAAGGCUGGACUGACGAAUUUGGGUAACACUUGUUAUUUGAACUCGACACUGCAGGUUUUGAGAGCUAUUCCCGAGUUGCAGACAGCGUUGGGACAGUUCGAUGGUGGGUUGGGAGGAGCGGAUGGAGAGAGGAACUUGACUGCUGCAUUGAGGGAUCUUUAUAAGAAUCUUUCGGAGACGACGGAACCUUUCCCUCCCUUCGCCUUUCUGACAAUUCUCAGGCAAGUUGCUCCGCAGUUUGCUGAGAUGUCUCGUGAUGGGCAUGGAUUUGCUCAGCAAGAUGCGGAGGAGGUUUGGGUGCGCAUUAUCCAGGCUCUCCAAAACUCUCUUCAGGGAUUGUCGCCUGAGGGAGCAAGUAACGAGGCAGCUUCGCGCAAGUUCGUCCAGCAGUACUUGACCGGACAGAUGGUCAUCAAGCGCUCUACAGCCGAAGCACCAGACGAACCCGCUUCGACCAACCGAGACCAAUUCUCUAUCCUCCAAUGCAACAUUUCCUCCACCACCAACGAGAUGAUUUCUGGCAUUCUCGACUCUCUCAACCAGCAACUUGAAAAGACGUCUUCCUCUCUCGGUCGUACUGCGGUAUAUGACGAGACUUCACGCAUCGACCGACUUCCCGCCUACCUUGCUACUCACUUUGUCAGGUUCUACUGGCGAAGGGAUAUUAACAAGAAGACUAAGAUCAUGCGUAAAGUGAAGUUCCCUUUCGUCUUGGAUGCUACUCCGUUUUUGACGGACGAGUUGAAGGAAAAGACAAAGGAGACGAAUUUGGCGAUCAAGAAGAUCGAAAAGGAUAGAGAUGAGAGGGCAAAGAUUAGGAAGAGGGCUAAAGCGAGGAAGAUUGCUGAAGAGAAGGCUGCGAAGGAUGCUGCUCGACAGGGUGGGGAUGUUGCUAUGGCUGAUGCCACUUCUACCGCUGCUAAUGCGGGUGAGGAGGGUAAGGGAGAGGAGAAGAAGGAAGGCGAACCCUCAGCAGAUUCGAAACUGGGUGUACCUCUCACAGAAGAAGAGGAGUUGGUUCAGCGUCAGAAAGAACGUGAACGAAUUCAGUCCACUAUUCACCCCGAUCUCCUAGCCGACACCGGUUGCAACCCCUCUGCGUUGUACGAGCUGGUAGGCGUGGUUACGCAUAAAGGUGCUGCUGCUGAUGCCGGUCAUUACAUCAGCUGGGUUCGAAAAGACCUCGACUCGGAAGACGCUCUGGAUGGACAAGCAAAGGAUGGUAAGCAAGCACAGGGAGAGCGUGAAAAGCUGGACAAGACAGAGGCCGAUGAAGAAUGGUACAAGUUCAACGAUGACAAGGUCAGCGUGGUUGGUAGGGACAAGAUUCAAGCUCUGGAUGGUGGAGGAGAGGACAGUGUCGCUUAUAUCUUGCUGUACAGGAGUAAGAAGCUCUGA